GAUUCAGUCUCAUUGAGAAACUGUAGCGCAGAGCACGAAAAAACGACGAAAACGCGCUCAUUUAAGUGUUUUCGUUCCCCUGAGCCAGCAGAAAGCUACUCGAUAAGUUUUCGAUGUUUUUCGCAGUGACUUCCAGCGCGAAAAUCGAAUGCGCAAGUUUCUGGGGAGUUUGUGAAGGCUGCAACAAGUGGAAAUGUCUGGCGGACGAGCACGCGGCGCGCGCGUGUCCGGUGAAUCUCUGCGAGAGUUUAAAUCCCGGGGGGUGUGUAACAAGGUGUUCACUCGAGCAGUGUUUCGUAGGACGAUCAAUAUGUCGCGUCUUUUCGCGCUGAUAACAGCUGCAAGGUUAUCCCCUUAACAGCGCCUCGUUAAAGUCGCGCCUGGUUGAAAGAAGCGUUGAAAACAGCGAGAUUUAAACCUAAAAUCUCGACUCGGAUCUCGGAUUAAGUUGGCAUUUGCGCGAUGACGAUUUUCACACCUCCGACGAGCAAACGCUCGUCGGCUUUGACAGCCAGCAUGGAGCGGAAAAAAAAUUCGGUGGAACCGUCGAAAGACACGGACUAUGGCACAGUUCGUUACGAAGAACAAGAAAAGACGAGUUGGAGGUUUUGGAAAAAGCGUCGCUACGUCGUCGGGGUUCUGGCUUUCUUUGGUUUCUUCACUUCGUACAUUUUACGUGUGAAUUUGAGCGUGGCCAUUGUCGCGAUGACCUCAAACUCGUCGCGCCUCGACGAAUUCGGAAAUGUUUAUAUCGCUCCAGAAUUUGAGUGGGAUUCGAAACUUCAGGGACUCGUUUUGAGCUCCUUUUUUUAUGGGUACAUAAGUACCCAACUGCUGGGAGGGUGGCUGGCUGCGAGAAUCGGUGGCAAAAGGGUUUUUGGUCUCGGAAUUGCUGCCACAGCUCUUCUGACUCUGGUUACUCCACCCCUUACGAAAAUGAGCGUUUACGUUCUCAUUGGUCUGCGAAUAGUCGAGGGAGUCUUCGAGGGCGUUACGUACCCGUGCAUCCAUGCGGUAUGGGCGAACUGGGCGCCCCCGAUGGAAAGAUCGAAGCUGGCGACACUCGCAUUUUCGGGAAGUUUUGUUGGGACCGUAUUCGCGAUGCCGGUGUGCGGUCUCAUGGCUCAAUUUUUCGGCUGGAUCUGGAUCUUCUACGUCUUUGGGGUCAUCGGUAUUUUGUGGUUCGUCGCCUGGUGGUACAUCGUCACUGACAAGCCGGAAGACGAUCCCCGCAUAUCGGAAGCGGAGCUGAAGUACAUAAAAAAGUCACUCGGUGACGUCGAACGAAAGCAAAUAACUCAUCCGUGGAAGGCGAUGCUGAAGUCAGGCCCAGUUUGGGCCAUUGUUGCUGCUCAUUUCAGUGAGAAUUGGGGCUUCUACACGAUGUUGACUCAGCUGCCAACGUUCAUGAGUGACGUUUUGAACUUCAAGCUCGAGAAAACGGGCUUCCUUUCGGCUCUGCCCUACCUCGUGAUGGCCAUCGUAUUACAGUUUUCUGGCCACCUUGCCGAUAAUUUGAGAUCGAGAAAUAUUCUGACGACGACGCAGGUUCGUAAGAUUUUCAACUGCGGGGCUUUCCUGAGCCAGACGGUUUUCAUGAGCUGCGCAGCUUUCGUCGAUUCCGCUUCUGGAGCCGUGGCCUGCAUCACCAUUGCUGUUGGGCUCGGUGGCUUUGCCUGGUCCGGAUUCAGCGUUAAUCACUUGGACAUAGCACCGCAGCACGCGAGUGUCAUGAUGGGCAUCGGAAACACUAUCGCCACACUUCCUGGCAUAAUCAGCCCGAUCAUCACCGGUUACAUUGUCCAAAACAAGACUGCAGCUGAAUGGAGAAUAGUGUUCUUAAUCGCUGGCUCAGUGUACCUCGUAGGAGCUGUGAUAUACGGAGUUUUUGCUUCGGGUGAGAGGCAGCCCUGGGCGAUCGAGUCGAAGAAGGACAAAGAGGAAAAUGUAACAUCUUAUGACAAUCGUGCCCUCGAGGUCGAUUUGAAUAUGUGAAUGUUUUUUCAGUAUUUUAAGAAUCGAUGUAUCGAGCUAUUUGUGUAAAUAUAAUGUUUGUAGUUUUUUUGAACGUUAAUGACAUAAGAAACGUCCUAAUAUUCUUGUAAUGGAGUUAAAAAGCAGCAGGAAUGCGUAAUAGAGUGAUACGAUUCGAAGAAGCAUUGAUAUAAAUACUUGACCAAGUUCGAACCCUCGUAAUAAAACAGCGACAGGAAUGUCAUUAAUUUCGAGUAAUUAUUAUGAAAUUUUUGUAUAUUUUGAGGAUACAAAUUCGUGUGAAAAUUCGUAUAGUUCUCGGUUCGACAGGGAAAUUACAGCACCGGAAGCCACGAAGUUUCAUUCAAUAUGGGGAGCUGUCAACUCUGACGAAUGAGAUUUUUAUUUGAUUGACAGCAAAAAACAUUUGCAUUGCAGUGUGAUUAUUUAUGAGCGUUAUGAAAAAAGCAGAUUCUAAAUAAAAACGAUAUGCAAAAAAAUGGAAAAUUACCUCGGUAAAUAUUCGUGCGAUUCGUAUUCAGAUACCGGGACGUGUGGUCACUAUACCGCGAACUGUUUAUCGGAGUAAUUAUGAUUAGUAUAUUUUAGUAUCGCCGCGUUAAUACUGCGUACAACCGCUACAACGGUACGUCAAGCCAUCGUGUAUAUAUACGGCUCACCGUAAGCACGAGUAUUAACCAAAAACUGCUGCGAGAAAGACAAUCGUGCUGACGAAGGAAAGUAGAAUACGCGAAUUAAUCAGGAAAAAAUAAAAUAUGCGAGGCAUCGUGUCAAUCACGUCUAUGUAGAGAUUGAAAAACAAGAAUAAAGGAGCAAGUGAGUUUUGAGGAUUCUUUGGAUACAAGUAUAGACGAGAUAACACACGUCUUUCCUCUUCGCAUUGGCAGCGUGAAAAAAAAAAAUUUGUUGUAUUUAGAGUGUUUCUGAAUAUCUGCGGCCGCGAAUGGAAAAUUUCGUAGCGAUAAGUUCAUGGGUGUGAAAUGAAACAAUUUGGACCGAGUAAACCGGACUGUCGAGGCCAAAGUGCAACAACAGAGAUGUCCUAUUGCCGCUUAUCGAGUUUUUUUCGUCGCGGGUGUCACUGUUUUUGAGUGGACGCUUUUAUUGUUUUGUUUACCGGUAAAAGAGAGGUUAAAGCAAUCGUCAGCGUUGACGUCAUCCCCACCCUUACCCUCGGCCAUCCACCCUUCGAAAUUGUUCUUUUUGUGACACCAAAAACUUCAAAUAAAGUUGUAUAUUAUGGUCAGAGUUUA